AUGCACCCGAUCAACAGCAUAUUGUAUCUGGAUUCUUCGCCAUCGAAUCCUUUACGUUGGAAAGUAGCAACACCAGCUGCGUCAAACCAAGUUCAAAUUCAACAUACAUGCACAGAUGAUAAGACAGAUUCAAAGAGUGUCGUUUCAACGCUCGUUGUAUCUCAUGACCAAACAAAAGAUCUUACUACGAAUGAUGUAAAAACGACGCUAUCAUCGACAAUCAAAGAUAAAUGUCAAGACGAUUUGAGUACACAAGGACACAAUGCAAAUACAAUUCAAUCGGUUGAUGUAACAAAAGUCACUAAAUUAAAUGAUACUCAUUCAAGUAUCGACGUAAAAACAACCUGUCAAUCGGAGAAAGAUAAAGAAACAGUAAAAGACACGUUGAACACCGUUGUUCAACAUGAUGAUGUAAGUAGCAGAUUUCUUAUCGAUUGA